GCUUCCUAGGAAACUCGGCCAGCACCAUGGGCUUCAGGCAGGCUGCCGUCCUCGCUACUACUUGCUUCUCCCUCGGUAUUCUCUUUAUCUGCUUCACAGUAGAUUACAGGAUCCUUUUCAUUCCUCUGACGGAUGAAGCUGUUCGCGAUGGCUUCGAGUUCUACACAACCUUCUUCAAUUCUCCGCCUGCAAUAAAGGCGUUGUUGCAUGGAGUGAUGGGUGUUGGCAUCAUUGGCCUAGUAGGAAAGAUUCACAAGUGGGAUGAGAGUGCGAUGUUCUUUGACGGGUCUUCUCUCGCGGCGUUCGUCUUCGCAAUCGCCGUCUAUCUUUCAGUGGGGGUUCCUGCCUCCCGUACCAUUGCCACACCAGUAGAAGGCGUCGACACCAGAGAAGACCAGGUUGAAGCCUUGCGUAUCCUUUCGGCUGGGAACGUUAUCAUCAUUGUCAUGUUGAUUGGGAUAUUGGUACUCCAGGCAGGAGAGGAAUACGUUCGACGAGUCGAAGCCAAGGAACUCGCCCGACAACUUGACCUUGACCAGAAGGCGAAGACCAAGCCGGCUGCGAAGACCGGUGAAGAGACGGAGAGCAAGAAGGAUCAGUAACUGAUCUUCACAGUCUCAGGUCCCCCGCAGUCGUGUGCCUAGCUCACGCUGCCGUGAUGGAGAAGAGAGAGAAAAAAACAGCUGGAGAAUAGGACUCUACGGGCGGACUCGAAUGCUCGAGACGUCGCGAGUAUUAUACUUCCCAAUAUUGUAUGGGAGCAAACUGUUUGUUUGUCUGCUUCUCAACCGCGCAGAUUAUGUAGAUCUUUUCUUCCCGUUCCCAAUAUGUACCUAUUGUACACACACACCACUUGGAUGACUGUCGGAAAACAUCGUGACCUGCGAUAUGUAUCUCAUGAAUCUCAUGUCUACUCCCGCGAGCCUUUUGAUUUGUACACCAUUCGUCUGG